AUGUGCCGUCUGCUCAUCUACAAGGGCACUGAGCCCGUGCAGUUGUCUCAUCUCCUGACUCGACCAGCGCACUCCAUCAUUAACCAGGCCUUUGACUCGCGGUUGCGCGUAGACAUGCGUAGGCCCAUUAACGGAGAUGGCUUCGGUGUGGGCUGGUAUGACUCGGUAUACGACGAGGAGCUCGGCACCCAGCCUUGCAUCUUCACCUCUGUCACUCCGGCAUGGAACAACAUCAACCUGCAGCGGUUGGCAGAGAAGAUCAAGUCGCCCUUAGUCUUCGCCCAUGUUCGCGCCACUACGGCGGGCUCACUCUCGGAGGAUAACUGCCACCCGUUUAAGCAUGGAAAGCUUAUGUUCAUGCACAACGGCAGCAUCGAGGACUUCCCCAAGAUCAAGCGCAAGCUACAGGCUCUCCUCCCUGAUGACAUCUUCAAUGUUGUCCAAGGAAACACAGACUCGGAGCACUGCUUUGCGCUUUUCCUCUCGAUGCUACCCAACGCGAACGCGACAUGCUUCUCGCAUCGCGAGUUGAGACAGGCUAUGCUCGACACCAUCUCUACUCUCAAUAAGCUUGCGAAGGACGCUGGCAUCACCCAUCCGAGCUUGAUGAACUUCUGUGUCACCGAUGGCUCGAGCGUUGUCGCGACUCGAUACGUCUCCUCUCGUCGCGACGAGGCGGCCUCGCUUUGGUUCUCGUCGGGUACCAGCUUCAGCGAGUAUGCGGAGGGCGGUCAUUACAAGAUGUCGAAGACUGACAAGCGGGAGAAUAUCAUCAUGAUCGCGAGCGAGCCGCUCACGUUUGAGAAAGCGGACUGGAUGGAGAUCAAGACGAACAUGCUUGUCACGAUCACACCGAAGAUGAACGUACUUCAAAGCCCCAUCAUCGACGAGUUUUGGGUGCCACCGUCAGACCCCGCCGCGAAGCAGCGUGGCGUUGACUUGGCCGUCGCAAAGGGCCUCUUGCCCAACCGCGACGGCCGACCCCCUCCGCCGGUCAUGCCCACGCCACCGGCGGUGUCUGUGAAGCUUCCACAGCCAGUCGCGGUCGCAUAG